UCUUAUGAUAAUCUGAGAGGAAGUAAGUCCUGAUAAUAUUGCAGUUAUUCAUGAUGUGCCUGGAGUGAAGAGGAAAGGAAACACUUCACAUAUCUAAGUGCCAAGGCUCUGCUGUGUCAUGGCUACAGACUCUGGUGAAUCAGCCAGCACAGAGGAAUCGGAGAAACCUGAUGGAGUUUCUCUGGAAUGUAUGAACUCUUCUGUUGAUGCUACUUUGACCAUGGAGGCCAGGACCAAAGAGGGCGUUAGCACACCUGUCUCUGGGGCAACUAUAGAAAGAAAAAGGUUUUUCCGAAAGAGUGUGGAGAUAAUGGAAGAUGAAAAGGACUUGGAACUCACUCCAAGGAAUGAACAAGAACAAUAUAUUUUGGGUGAUCAGAGGAUGGUCCAUCUUUCUGCCAGCACGCUUGUGGCCGAGCAGGAACCCAGAAAUGAGCAAAGCUCAAAGGUGAUUAUGGAAGCCACAAAGGAAAGGACCAAGAAGGAGAUAGAAGAGGAGGCAGAGAUGAAGGCUGUGGCUACAUCGCCAGGUGGAAGAUUUCUGAAAUUUGACAUUGAGUUGGGAAGAGGAGCUUUCAAAACAGUCUUCAAGGGUCUGGACACAGAAACCUGGGUAGAAGUUGCUUGGUGUGAACUGCAGGACAGGAAGCUGACCAAAGCAGAACAGCAGAGGUUUAAAGAAGAAGCUGAAAUGCUCAAGGGGCUACAACACCCCAACAUAGUCCGAUUUUAUGAUUCUUGGGAAUCAACAGUUAAAGGAAAGAAGUGUAUUGUAUUGGUAACUGAGCUGAUGACAUCUGGAACACUGAAAACGUAUUUAAAGCGUUUCAAACUUAUGAAGCCAAAGGUGUUAAGGAGCUGGUGCCGACAGAUUUUAAAAGGGCUGCAUUUUCUGCACACGAGAACCCCUCCAAUCAUCCACCGUGAUUUGAAAUGUGACAACAUCUUCAUCACAGGGCCCACUGGUUCAGUGAAGAUUGGGGACUUGGGACUUGCCACCUUAAUGCGCACUUCAUUUGCUAAGAGCGUUAUUGGAACUCCUGAAUUCAUGGCUCCUGAGAUGUAUGAAGAACAUUAUGAUGAGUCAGUGGAUGUCUAUGCUUUUGGAAUGUGCAUGUUAGAGAUGGCAACGUCUGAAUACCCAUAUUCUGAGUGUCAGAAUGCAGCUCAGAUCUACAGAAAAGUAACCAGCGGCAUUAAACCAGCUAGUUUUAAUAAGGUGACAGACCCAGAAGUGAAAGAGAUCAUUGAAGGUUGCAUUCAGCAGAACAAGUCUGAAAGGCUAUCUAUCAAAGACCUCUUGAACCAUGCUUUCUUUGCGGAAGACACGGGACUCAGAGUGGAGCUGGCAGAGGAGGAGGAGGAUGGUCUGCAUUCCUCCUUGGCUUUGAGACUUUGGGUAGAAGAUCCCAAGAAGCUGAAAGGGAAGCACAAAGACAAUGAAGCAAUAGAGUUCAGUUUCAAUAUGGAAACAGAUAUCCCAGAGGAAGUGGCUUGUGAAAUGGUGAAGUCAGGGUUCUUCCAUGAAAGUGACUCCAAAGCCGUAGCUAAAUCCAUUCGUGAUCGUGUCACCCUAAUCAAGAAGACACGGGAGCAAAGGCAGGUGGGCCACCUGGAGGAAAGGAGGGACUCUCAAAGUCACCUUCCAAGUGGGCUACCGUUACUUCAGCCACAAGGCUCAUCAUUCACCACACCUUCCCAGCAAAGCAAGACUGAGUGUGAAGAAACAGAGGUUGAUCAACAUGCCAGACAACAGAUCCUUCAACAAAUGCAGCACAGCUUUUCCCUCAUUGCUGAUAACUUGUCUGAGAGAGGAGCAGGUUCAAUUAUAUUAUCAGAUGCCUCUAGUCAACAUAGUCUGGCAUUUUCCUCGGAACAGAUGAUGGGCACCCAACAAGUCCCCAACCUCUCACAAACUGAAAACAGCGGUGUUCAAGGACACUUUUACACUUCCCAGCAGAUGGUGGGGCAUUAUCAGUCCAAUGCAGGGCCUCCAGAUUCACAAGUGUCCUACAGUGUAGAGAGUCAGACUUUGGAUGGAUCCCUCAUGGGAGUUCCUCAGCAGAUCUUGACAAUCACUUCCCCUCAGAAUAUACCUGCUUCACAGGUGGGGAAUCAACACGUGCCAACAGGCAUACAGUUAGCCUCUGCUGCUAGACUUGGCAGUCAGGCUUCAGCUGCUGCAGAAGCAAUGGAAUUAGAGACUGCUUCUGCCAACUUUGAAUCUGCCAGUCAUUCACCUGUGCUACAUGGGCAGCCUUCAGUUCAAUUUGUCAACAGCAUGCAAGGUUUAGCUCAGAGUCUCUCUAAUUCCUCAGUUCUUCAGUCAGUUCCACAAGGAGUUGCACUUAUUCAACAACCCCAGCAAGUUUCCCAGCAGGUGCCAUCAACUCAGCAACCACAGCAAGUUUCCCAGCAGGUGGCAUCUAUGCAACCAAGCCAGCAAAUAGUUCCACAGGUGACAUCUACCCAGCAGGUUUCUCAGCAAGUGGCAACUAUGCAGCAGAUUCCCCAGAAACUAAUGGCUAUGCAGCAGUCUCAGCAAGUUCCCCAGCAGGUGGCAUCCAUGCAGCCACCUCAACAGCGGGGGUCCUUGCAACAACCACAGCAAGUUCCCCAGCAAGUGAUGCCUGUGCAGCAGUCUCAGCAAGUUCCUCAUCAAGUGACAUCUAUACAACAAAGCCAAACUGUUCCACAUGUAACUUCCACACAGCAGAUUCCACAGCAGCCACAGAAAGUUUCCCAACAGGCAGCAUCCAUACACCAGCCUCAGCAAGUUCCUCAACAAAUUCUCCAACAGGUGGCAUCCAUACAGCAGCCACAGCAAGUGACAUCAGUGCAGCAGCCCCAGCAUAUUCCUCAACAGGUCCCACAACAAGUGACAUCCAUACAACAGCCACACCAUAUCCCUCAGCAAGUUCAACAGCAGGUGACACCCAUACAGCAGCCACAACAAGGUCCUCCGCAGGCAGCAUCCAUACAGCAACCACAGCAUGUUUCUCAGCAGGUGACACCCAUACAACAGCAACAGCAUAUUCCACGGCAGGUGACAUCCAUACAGCAACCACAGCAUAUUUCUCAGCAGGUGACACCCAUACAGCAGGCACAACAUAGUACUCAACAAGUGGCAUCCGUACCACAGCCACAGCAUAUUCUUCAUAUUCCACAGCAGAUGACGCCCAUACAGCAGCCACAGCAUAUUCUUCAUAUUCCACAGCAGGUGACAUCCACGCAGCAGCCACAGCAAGUAUCUCAACAGGCAGCAUCCAUACAGCAGUCACAGCAGAUGGCAUCUGUACAGGCACAAGGUCCUCAACAGAUGUCAUCUGUACAGCAGCCACAGCCAGUUCCACAGCAGGUGAUAUCUUUACAGCAGCCACAGCAAGGUCAUCCACAACAGAUGGUGUCCAUGCCUCAACCCCAACAUGUUCCUCAGCAAGUUCUCCAGCAGGUGACAUCAAUACAAGUGGCACCAGGGCUGCAAUCUCAGCAAGUUGCCAAUCAGCAGAUUGGAUCUCUGCAGAUGUCCCAGCCGAUUCCACAGCAGGUGGUGCCCCUGCAGCAACUUACACAGCAUGUGGCAUCUGCACAACAACCUCAGCUGGUUCUCCAGCAGGUGGCAUGUGGGCAGCAAACUUCACAGAAAGUAGCAUCUGUGCAACCUCAACAUAUUGUGCCCAUACAUCAGGUCCCCACUGUAUCUCAACAAAUGACACUGAUGCAGCAGGUCUCACAGUGUCCAGAAAUAUCCCUAGAUACUUUGGGGCCUCAACAGGAGCAGCAAAUUAUUCAGAUACACCAUUCUUCAAAUCAGCAUCCUUGUGUAAUGCAACAUAGGCUAUUUCACGUGCCUCUGCAGCAGCAGAAAGAAGAGCAGUUUGUUCUCCAUACUACUUCCAAAGAUCAGCUGGCAGCUGUCUCUCAGCAGGACAUGGAAAAGCAUCAGCAAGCUGAGUUCUCAGGUUCAACUCCAGAACAAGUGGCUUACCCCAUCCAGACCCAGUAUCAGUUGCAAAUCCAAGAACCAAUAAUAUAUCCAGCACAAUCCUCUCACAAGUCACCAGCUUCAGAGCAGCUGAAACACCAAAUAGAGCCAACUAACCAGCUUCAGGGUCCAGAGCAAGCGUCAUGUCAGAUGCAUGUUGCUUAUUCACAGGGCUCAGAUCAGUCACCCUGCCCAGAGCCACUGGUUUAUGCAGCUUCUGGAGUAUAUUCAGGUCAUUCUUUGGACCAGUCAGCGUAUUUUUACCAAGGGCAGGCAGCAUACGUAACUCAGCCGACAUAUAUUGCUCAACCUCCAGAGAUCCAGCAAGCUCACAUAGCAGUACGGAAUACUGAUCAGUCAAGUUUUGCUGUGCAUUCACCUGAUCAGUCAUUACACCUGAUGAAGGGUGGAGACCCUGGCAACAUGGAACUGCAGAUCGGUUCAACACAAUCCACAGAGACCCAUGAUUAUCCUUCUGAGCCACAUCUGCCUGAGCCAGCAAUAUAUCUUACUCAGCAAGAUUCUGGCAUGGGCUACCAGCAGCUGCACCCACCACACGUGGCACAGAAAAUUGCAGAAGGACAACAGUCAGGGCCACAGACACCCUUUGUCUCAUCUCAGCCAUCUUUCACACCACAAAUGCAGCCACAACCCCCUUAUCAGGAGUUUAGCCAGAAUCCUAUUACUCAGUCACACAAAGCCACAAUCCCUCAGUCUGCCCUAGAUACAAUACAGACUGUAGCUUCUGUAUCAGAACAGCCAGAACAAGCGUAUGCAAUGCAACGAUCUUUGGAAGUGUCAGGACUGUUGGAUCAUGCUCCUCUCCUCCAGCAGUCUCAGACAUUUCAACCAGUUGACAAUAACCAACAGUUUACUCCUCCACCAAUACAACCACCAUACGUUCAACAGCAGCCAGUGUGUCAGACCUCAGUUUUAUCUGCAGAGUUGAUGGUCCAGAAGCAGAUGCCUUCUAAGAGUUCUGUGGCAGCUUCCUUGAACCAGCAAGCACCAUUUACUGCUGUGACCCAGCCAAACCAAGAGUAUCAUCAAGGACAAGACAUUCCACAGGUGUCCAUUUCAGUAUCAGAUGAGCAUGAGCACCAGCCGGCAGUCCAAAAACAGGAGUCUGUUCAAGGCCUAGUUCCAGACCUUCCGAAGGAAGGUGCGACUGGCUCUGACCUUCCAUGUGGAAAUGGCAAGCAAGACAAGAGCAAACAGAGAAGGACCUCCUGUGCCCGACCAGAGAAGGGAACCAAAUUUCAGCUCACUGUGCUGCAGGUAUCAACAUCUGGAGACAAUACUGUUGAGUGUCAGCUUGAAACGCAUAACAACAAGAUGGUUACAUUUAAAUUUGAUGUUGAUGGAGAUGCACCAGAGGACAUAGCUGAUUACAUGGUUGAAGAUAAUUUUGUAUUGGAAAAUGAGAAGGAUAAAUUUGUGGAUGAACUGAGGGUUAUUGUUUGCCAGGCUCAGGACAUCAUUUGUAGUCUUCCUAUUGAAGAGCGAGCCUCUGGCAUGGAAUCUGCUCCUUCUGAUCCAACCAACUGCCAAACAGGAUCUUCUGAACAAGUUCAGAUAAACCCAGCAUCUGCUCAAACUGGCAGUGAUGCUGCUCCCCAGUCAUCCCCUGUUGGUCGCUGGAGGUUUUGCAUCAAUCAGACGAUAAAGAACAGAGAAUCCCAGGCAGCUUGUACCCCGCUACUAUCAAUGACAAGUGUUCAAGGAUGUCAGACAACAGACCAUAUAAAAGAAAGUACCAAAGAAGAGAGGCCCAAAGAUUGUCCACAGGUUGUGGACAAUCUUAGUAACCAACAUAGGCUUAGCUCUUCUUUCAGCUCAGAGGAGUUGACAAGUGACAGUGUGAUAUCUGAACCCCAGAUUUUGGAACCUGAACAUUCAGCUCUUUUUCAUGAAGCAGAAGGCAGCACGGAUAAAUUACCAUCUGCCUCUACAGGUGACAACAGUGAUGUUACUACUUACGAUUCUGAGGCUUGGCUGGACCCUUUGCCAGCAGAGACCCAGUCUAAUGGAGCUCCCCUAUCUUCAUAUGUACCUCAUCCAGCAUCUGUUGCGAAUGAAUUGAAUUUGUCCGCAGAAGCCUUUGGCUCCAAACCAGCCACUUGUCACACCUUGAUCACUGAGGAAGCAGAACAUUUAAUAAAUGCUGAGCAAGCAACUGCUUUGGUGCUGACUCCAGGCCAGGAUGAUAUUCCCUUCGCAUCCAUUCUGGAGUCAGACAGUGAGGGUCCCCCUAAGAUGGAUUUUGUUGACAACAACAUCAAAACUCUGGACGAAAAGCUACGGACACUUCUGUAUCAGGAGCACAGCUUGUCGGGCACUUCUCCUGAGAGCCAGAAAGACACACAAAGUGCAGUGGAGUCUCCGUUUUCCUCAUCUGCUGAAGAUACUUUUCCCUGCCCAGGACAUGAAGUACAAGACACUAAUUCCCCCAAAGAGACCGAGCAAAGCACCACUGAAGUUUUUGAUCCCCAAGUGGCAUUCAUUCCAUCUGGAACUCAUCCUGAUAGCUUGCCAGUGCUGAGGCAAGAGCCCAGGGUUAUUACCUCUGGUCCCAGGGAUUUCUGCAGGCAUGAGACGUCCUUGGAGGCUUCAUUUCCUGAGAAUCCUGUGGCUUGUCCUGCUUCAGAAUCAAGUGGUGGAGCUGUGCACCUGCAUGCAGGAGAAGAGACGACUGGUGAUGUUGCUCCUGAUUGGAUUUCUCUUUCUGAGCAAGCAACCAUGGAUAAUAAAGCAUCUGGUCAUUCUAAAUCUGGAGCUGGAUCAUUCCAACGAGGCCGGUUUCAGGUCAUCACAGUCCCACAACAGUUGUCCUCAGGUCUUUCAGAAAGUGAACUCUCUGAGAUGUCUCCUUCCUUGGAGCUUGGAACAGAAGAAGGCUGUCCCAGAGAAAAAGAAAUGGCUAUCCUGCCCAGUGCCAUGGGUGAAACGGAUGCAUGUUUCACCACUUCUGAACAGCAGGAACUGGAGGAGACCUCUGCUACUGCAAGCAGCAUGCAGUCGUGCUCAGAGCCAUGGUCUAAAGGUGAUGUGAUCCAGAAGCAGCCGAGCUCUGAUAGUGAACUUUCUGCCCCCAUGGGUGGUGGUAGCCUAGAAGGCUGGGAGUCAAACCAGCAAUCUCAAGAGGAAAGGGGUGGCACCCACCCAAAGAGGCACAGUUCCCUGUUUUACUCGGCGUCUUCUCCAAUGAGCAGUGAUGAUGAAUCUGAAAUUGAAGAUGAGGACCUGAAAUUGGAGCUGCAGCGUUUGAGAGAGAAGCACAUCCAGGAGGUAGUUAGCCUUCAAGCUCAGCAGAACAGGGAGUUGCAGGAGCUAUACGAACAUCUCCGCUCCAUCAAAGACAGCAGGUCAGAAUCCUCUGACAUCUCCCUGCAACUGUCAUCCCCACGACGGCCUAAGUCUUUCAAAAGCAAGCUGCGCAGCCGGCCGCAAUCUCACUCUCAUGUUGACAAUGGCGUUGUUGCUGCUGAAUGCUGUUGUGCAACCACUGCUGCCUCUGUGAUUGACUAUCAGUUGAGCAUUCAAGCCCAUUUGCUGCACCAAAGCUGUUCACAAGCAGAAACUAGUCAAGACCAACUCUGCAUCGUGAGUAGCACUGCCUCUUGUCAGCAGACAACAGCCAGUAAAAAAGGAAUGUUCACAGAUGAUUUGCAUAAACUGGUGGAUGACUGGACAAAAGAAAAAGUGGGAAACUCCCUCAUCAAGCCAAGCCUCAAUCAGAUCAAACAGAACAAGCACCGGCUGGACACUGACAGCUGGAGCAAAGUAUAUGAGACAACAUCAUCUACUGUGAGCUACACCUCCACAUGGAUUUCCUCACUUUCCCAGAUCCGUGGGACUGUACCAGCUGCUUUACCCCAAGGACUUCCCCUAUCACCCUUUUCUGGCACACUAUCGCCAUAUGGAAUACCACAUUUGUGCCAGUAUAACACCAUCGCAGGAACAACUUACCCAGUGCAAUGGAUGGGCAUUUCUGGGACAACUCAACAGUCUGUGGUGGUCCCUGCCCAGUCAGUGGGACCCUUUCAGCCAGGGAUCAGCAUGCCAGCAUUUCCAGCAUCACCUGUGCAAAACCCAGCUCCCAUUCCCCCAAGUCCCAAAUGAAGAUGGAUAGCAAAAGGAUGCUAGAUAUGGGGACUGUGCCUAUCUCUCAUGACUCCAUUCCUCUGCCUUGCAUUCUGUUGCCUGGAUUUGGGGGUGAAUUCCCCAGUGCAGUGAUGUGGGAAUGAUAGGAGAUUGUCUUUGCAUUCUCCUCUUUGAGUACUUGAUUUCAUUUCUUUAGGGGAUUUUUUAAGUACUUGAGAGAGCUUUGGCCUGUACAUCUUUGUUUCUGAGAUGGACAGCAUGCCAUGUGCUGCUGAUUAAUAAGCCUUCCCUGUCAUUCCCUGCCCCAUGUCCCUUGUUUGCUUUUAUUGCAACUGUUUUUUGAAGUUGGUAGUAACUCUUCUUGGAUUGUACACUUACUAGCAUUUGAAUUAAUUUACAGAAUGGAUCAGCAGAGAAGAGUGACAUUUAUAUUUGCAUUAUUGUUAUGUUUCCAUUUGGUUUCAUUGGCAGCUAAGAGUACAGGCUAGCUGGGGUAAAAAUAAAAACUCGAUUGUAGUUUGAUUAGUUGAAUUCUAUCUUAAACAUUUCCUUCUCCUGCCCCAGAGACAGGCGUUUUGGAAGUGGACUGCUGAAAGAAGAGGCAAACAAUUGCUGCCUCCUCGUUGGUUUGGCAAAGCUGUCCUGGUUCCUGGACAAUUCAGAACCGCUGUUUGUAGAAUGCAGCUAGACCUCCCUACACACACUGUAUUCAGUAGAUACAUUGGAAUGUUGGCCUGGUUUAUCGUACCUGUGUUUGGGGCUCUGAGUUUUUUAAAGCUUAUUUUGCAGCUGAUACAAAUCUUAUACU